UAAUAUGGCAACAUUGUGUAAAGCAGCCAUUUUGUGGUGUCCCAGUAUAGUUGCGUGGUCUUCUUAAUUUUCGUCUAUUUUACAUGGAAGUAUUACUUUUUGUUAUGAUUUGAAAUCUAAUCUUGUAUAUUUAAUUUGAAAAGUUUGUUUACAAACUAUAACUAUGUCCGUGAUGGAACAAGAGGUUGAAAGCGGGUACAGAGUCGUUUGUUGUACCUGUUUGAGCACAGAUCGGAAUUUAAUAUCCAUAAAUGGCCUAGCUCCAGUGUAUCAAAUAUUUCGACUGCUUAUGUACGAUUUUGCGGGAGACAGGUUUGAUAGCAGCCUGUCCGGAAUGGAGCAGAUAAUCUGCUGGGAGUGCCUGGCGAUGAUGAAGAAGUUCAUGAAGUUCAAACGGCAGGUGCACAGCGCGCAGGAGCAUAUCCGGGUCCUGGCGUUGAGUGGCUCGCAAGAGACCAUGGACCACACCUACAUGUCCCAAUCCCUCUCCAGCCUGGAGGUGACCACCAAAACAGAGUACGACAGUAUAUUCUUCGACUACACGACCCGGGACGAGUGGCCUCAGUACAUAGCCAUCAGCUCAGCGCAGAAUGUGAAGCACGAGCGGUAUGAUGUAGCGCAGGCGGUUAGGGAGAACAUCAAUCUGGAGAUGGACGGACAUAUGCUGGAAGUGCCAGAGAUAGUACUAGAGAACCCGGUGACUGGUGUAAUGUCGCACAUAGUGGUCGGCACCGACGACAUGACGCGGAUUGAGACCUACCGCAUGAAAGGGGAACUCGAGGAGCUUAACAUAGAAACAAUUCCGUCGGCACCGAAAAUCGAAGCAGUAAUUAUAUCAAAACCAGUCAAGCCAAAAGAGGAGAAAACAGCAGCGCAGAAGAUGAAAUACUUCACGGAGUUUAUGAGUGAAACUGAAAUGCUUGCUUCAAGAGAGGAAGCGAAAGAGAAAGUACAAUACGCUAGCUCGGUGUACAAAUGUGAGCUAUGCAUAAUAGGGUUUUAUACGCAGCAGCAGGUUGAAGACCACUUCGUGUCCGACCACAGGGCCAAACCCGGCUAUUCCCCCUGCAAAGUCUGCUACAAAUACGUGGAAGACUCCAAACUGCAAUCCCACGUGGAGACACACUACCUGCGCCACAUCUGCAAGCUGUGCGGCCACUCGACGCGGCUGGUGGCCGCCAUGCAGGCGCACCAGGACACGCACAUAGCCAAGCCGUCGGCGCAGCAAGUGGUCAUCGGAGGUACCGAGCAGAGAAAGAAUCGCAAGAAAAAAGAGCCUCCGUCGAAUCCACCCAAGCCAGGCGACCUGCGGAAAUUGCUGUCUAAGACCACUAUAGAGGGCUACCAGUGUCUCGAGUGUGACAUGUUCUUCAAAAAUUCCCGCGCUCGCAAGAACCACGUGGCCCGCUUCCACAGAGAAGGUCUACAGUGUGACCACUGCAAGAAACGCUUCGUCAACCGGACCACACUGGCAACACAUUUAAGACUGCACGAAGGCCCGCUGCCCAAGGAGGAAUGCCCGAUCUGCCACAAGAUGGUGCGAGUGAUACAGCUCAAGUACCACAUACAGAGGCACGAGAACAAGAGCCGAUACGAGUGUGUUGACUGUAACAAGAUAUUCUCCCACCUGGCAACGUAUCAGGCGCACUUGAAAUACUCGAGAGCACACGCUUCGGAUCAAGUCUUCAAAUUCCCAUGUCCCAUGUGUAAUAAAGGCUACCCGACCAAAGAGGCCAUGCAGGACCAUUUCAACUACCAGCACCUCGGGAAGACCGCUCACAAGUGCCCCGUCUGCGAUAAGCCAAUAGCGUCCCGCGCCAACGUGGAGAAGCAUAUGAUGCGUGUGCACGGCGAAAAGAAGGAGAAACCCAGGAACCACGUCUGCCAGAUAUGCAGGAAGGCUUUCACUGACAAAAAGGCAUUAAACCAACACGAGGUGAUCCACUCCGGCGCUCGGCCGCUCACCUGCGACCUGUGCCAACAGAGCUUCAAGCAGAAAGCGUCCCUAUACACCCACCGCAAGAGGGUCCAUAAGGUCUUCCCGGCUAAGAAACAGGUGGAAUUCAUGGCCAAAGACCAGUAGGACCUCGGGGCCCUGUGGAAUUUGACCUCAGGGUCACACCAGUUCGCUCCGGACCUAGCGGCUCUAAGCUCACAAAAAUUACAAAUUUAACAAAAUAGUGCAAGAAUUGAAGAAGACUGGACUAAAACGAGGGCUUGUGCACACCAGUUGCGUGUGCGUAGACGUGCACGUGCGCGUUGUAAUAUACAAUUCCUUAUGAGAGACGGCACACCGCUUGCGUGACGUGUGCGGCUCCAACAUUAUAACGCACGCCGGUGUAGCCUGGCCUUUAGGGUCGGAAGCCUGGAGCCUAAGGAGUUGCAAGUGACUUAGGCUACGGUCUGCGCUUAUAAAAUGAUCUAUACGCUUGUUUGCCACCGUUAUAGUAUGCAAAAGAGAACAUUCGCUCCAUGCUACUUGUGUGAGCAAAGCUUCAAGCAAAAAGCGUCCCUAUACACCCACCGAAAAAGGGUCCAUAAGGUCUUCCCGGUUAAGAAACAGGUGGAAUUCAUGGCCAAACACCAGUACGACCUCAGGGUCCUGUGGAGCUAGACCUCAGGGUCACACUAGUUCGUAAAGUUCAAUAAAUCCGGCCAAGUGCGAGUCGGACUCGCGCACGAAGGGUUCCAUUCCUAGUAUUUGUUGGUAUAGCGGCAACAGAAAUACAUCAUCUGUGAAAAUUUCAACUGCCCAGCUAUCACGGUUCAUGGGAUACAGCCUGGUGACAGACAUACGGACGGACGCAGCGUGGAGUCUUAGUAAUAGUUCUGUUUUUACCCUUUGGGUACGGAACACUAAAAAGCGCUGGUGGCCUAACUGUAAGAGCGUGCGACUUUCAAUCCGAAGGUCACGGGUUCACACUCCGGCUCGUACCAAUGAGUUUUUCGGAACUUAUGUACGAAAUAUCAUUUGAUAUUUACCAGUCGCUUUUCGGUGAAGGAAAACAUCAUGAAACUGACUAAUCCCGAGACCUAGUUUCCCCUCUGGGUUGGAAGGUCAGAUGGCAGUCGCUUUCGUAAAAACUAGUGCCUACGUCAUUUCCUGGGAUUCGUUGUCAAGCGGACCCCAGGCUCCCAUGAGCCGUGACAAAAUGCCGGGACAACGCGAGG